AUGAAGGCCUUUCAAACCCUCUUCAAGUUGCUCAGAAGCUCACAUGGGUCAAAACUAACCUCACAGACGUGUUUUUCCACCUCCUCUUGUUCUUAUGAUCGGAAGAAGAAAGUGAACCCUUACAAAGAAGUAGAUCAAGAAAAAUACUCAAAUUUAGUCCGGUCUGUCUUGUCCUUCAGAGGCCCGGCCCAAAAUCCAGAGUCACUUUUCCAGGAAGAUGCUUUCCUCUAUGGACCUGUGAGUAAGUCUAAGCCGCCAGCAAAAGAAGAGGAAGCCAAAGUUCCACAGAAUUAUUUUCCUCUUUUCAAUCCAGAGAAAAGUAGGGAGCCGAAUUUGAUGCAUGAUUCUGCCAGUCCUUUGAAAAUACCUUUGCACAAGAGUACAAUACCAAGCGUCACCCGGAUCCUUCAGCAGACCAUGACUAAAGAACAGAUUUUCUAUUUGGAGAGGUGGAAGCAGCGCAUGAUUUUGGAACUGGGAGAGGAUGGCUUUGCAGAAUACACAUCAAAUAUAUUUUUACAAGGAAAGCAGUUCCAUAAAGCCUUGGAAAGCCUGCUCUCACCCACUGGGAAUGAACAAGAGAAAGAUGAAAAGCUCCUUGAAUCUGGGUACAUUGAUAGUGUCCAGCACAUUCUGAAAGACAUCCAUGGAGUACAAGCUCUUGAAAGUGCUGUUCAACACGAGGCCUUAAAAUAUGUGGGUCUGCUGGACUGUGUGGCUGAGUAUCAGGGCAAACUGUGUGUGAUUGACUGGAAGACAUCAGAGAAACCAAAACCUUUGCUCCGAAAUACGUUUGACAACCCCCUGCAGGUUGUGGCCUACAUUGGUGCCAUAAACCAUGAUGUCAACUAUAGCUUUCAGGUUCACUGUGGCUUAAUUGUGGUGGCUUACAAAGACGGAUCCCCUGCCCACGCACACUUCAUGGACUCAGAACUCUGUUCCCAGUAUUGGGCAAAGUGGCUUCUUCGACUUGAAGAAUAUAUGAAGAAUAAGAACUAGCAUACUCAGAACAUAGAUUAGGAAACAGCACUA